CCACUGCAGUCUGCCUGCUCUGUCGGGGCCUGCGGGUGUCUUCUCUGCCUCUUCUCUUCCUCUUCUCUUCCUCUCUCGGUUUCUUUCGCUCUGCUCUCGCUCGCCGCCCGGCCGUCCCUCAGCUCACUUCGCCAUGGCGGAACUGGAGGGGCUGGAGUUCGGGAAGUCCGACUUUGUCCUCCUCGACGAGGUGACCAUGGAACAGUUCAUGGAGAACUUGAAGCUCAGGUUCGAGAAGGGCCGCAUCUACACCUUCAUUGGGGAGGUGGUGGUGUCCGUCAACCCGUACAAGCACAUGGACAUCUACGGCGCGGAGGCCAUCGAGGCCUACCGGGGGCGGGAGCUGUACGAGAACCCGCCGCACCUCUACGCCGUGGCCGACGCCGCCUACAAGGCCAUGAAGAGGCGCGCCAAGGACACCUGCAUCGUCAUCUCAGGAGAGAGCGGAGCAGGGAAGACCGAAGCCAGCAAAUACAUCAUGCAGUACAUCGCUGCCAUAACCAACCCCAGCCAGAGGGCAGAGGUGGAGAGUGUAAAGAACGUUCUCCUCAAGUCCAACUGCGUGCUGGAGGCCUUCGGCAACGCCAAGACCAACCGCAACGACAACUCCUCCCGCUUCGGCAAGUACAUGGACAUCAACUUCAACUUCAACGGGGAGCCCACGGGCGGCCACAUCAACAACUACCUGCUGGAGAAGUCAAGGGUGAUACAACAGCAGGAAGGAGAGAGGAACUUCCACUCCUUCUACCAGCUGCUAAGGGGUGGCUCCAGUGACCUGCUUGGGUCCCUGCACUUGGAGAAAGACCCUGCAAUCUACGUCUACACCAGAGAGGGCGCUGCCGCCACUACCUCCAGCAACGACAGCUCCAAUCACAAGGCCGUGCUGAGCGCUCUGAAAGUGAUUGGCUUCACGGCCGAGGAGAUCGCUUCAAUCUACAGGAUCUUGGGGACCAUCCUACUCCUGGGGAACCUGGAGUUCGAGAGCGACGGCGAGAACGUCCAAGUGGUGGGGGCGGAGCUUCUGAAUCACAUCGCCGACCUGACCCGCACCGAUCCCGAUGACGUCAGUAAAACGCUGCUGUACCGCACGGUGGCCACCGGGGGCGGCGAGGUCAUCGACAAAGGCCACAGCGAGAAGGAGGCCUCCUAUGGCAAGGACGCUUUCGCCAAGGCAUUAUAUGAGCGGCUUUUUGGAUGGAUUGUCAGCCGCAUUAAUUCCGUGAUCGAGGUGAAAGACUACAACCCUGUGCUCCAUGGCAAAAACACAGUCAUCGGGGUGCUGGACAUUUACGGCUUUGAGAUCUUUGACAACAACAGUUUUGAACAGUUCUGCAUCAACUACUGCAACGAGAAACUCCAGCAGCUCUUCAUUGAGCUGAUCCUCCGGCAGGAGCAGGCUGAGUACCAGAGAGAAGGAAUCACCUGGCAACACAUUGAGUACUUUAAUAACCAGAUCAUCGUGGACCUGGUGGAGCAGCCUCAUAAGGGAAUCAUCUCCGUCCUGGACGAGGCGUGUCUGAGUGUGGGCAAAGUGACCGACAUCACGUGCCUGGAGAGUAUGGACACCAAGCUAGGCCAGCACCCGCACUACACCUCCCGCAAGCUCAGUCCCUCUGACAAAACCAUAGAGUUCAACCGAGACUUCCGAAUCCUGCACUACGCCGGGGACGUCACGUAUUCCAUCGAGGGCUUUUUGGAUAAGAACAAAGAUCCACUUUUCCAGGAUUUCAAGCGGCUCAUGUAUAACAGUGAGGACCCUGUCCUAAAGGAGAUGUGGCCAGAGGGUCAGCUGAGCAUCACGGAGGUCACCAAGCGCCCCCUAACAGCUGCUACACUUUUUAAGAACUCCAUCAUCGCCCUGGUGGACAACCUGGCAUGCAAGGAGCCGUACUACGUGCGCUGCGUCAAGCCCAACGAGGUGAAGUCCCCCAUGCUGUUCGACGUUGCCCGCUGCCAGCACCAGGUGGCGUACCUGGGCCUGCUGGAGAACGUGAGGGUGCGGCGGGCCGGUUUCGCCUACCGGCAACCCUACGCCCGCUUCCUGCAGAGGUACAAGAUGACGUGCGAGUACACCUGGCCCAACCACCUGAUGGCCACCGACCAGGAGGCGGUCAAGGCCAUCAUCGACCACCACGGGUUCCAGGGCGACGUGGCGUACGGCCACACCAAGCUGUUCAUGCGCUCGCCCCGCUCCCUCUUCACCCUGGAGCAGGAGCGGGCCGCCCUCAUCCCCAUCCUGGUCCUCUUCCUGCAGAAGGUGUGGCGAGGGGCGCUGGCGAGGAUGCGUUGCCGGCGGAUGCGGGCCCUCUACACCAUCAUGGGCCACUACAAGCGCUACAAGGUCAAGGCCCACUUCUGGGAGGUGGAGAGGAGGUUCGCCAACGUGCGCAACAUGGCCGACUACGGCAAGGGCGUGGAGUGGCCCGCCCCGCCCGCCGCCCUCACGCAGUUCCACGCCAUCACCAAGCUGCUGCACCGCAGAUGGUGGGCACGGCAGAUUAUAAAGAACAUCCCUCCCUCUGACAUGCCGGAGGUCAGGGCCAAGGUGGCCGCCCUGGCGGCCCUGCGGGGGGAACGCGUGGACUGGGGCUGCGACCGCGCCUGGGAGAGAGACUACCUCAGCAACGCCAGAGAUUGCCCCCAGACCAGCUCAAACUUUGUGCGCAUCUCCAAAGAGCUGAAGAACAAAGACCAGUUCAACAGCAUCCUCUUCUCAGGGUUCGUACGCAAGAUGAACAGGUUCAACAAAAGCACAGACCGUGCCUUGCUCAUCACAGACAAGCAUGUUUACAAGCUGGAGCCUCGCAAACAAUUCAAGGUGUUAAAGAGGCUGCCUUUGGACUCCGUGGCAGGGCUGAGUGUCAUGAGUGGAAGUGACCAGAUGGUGGCGCUGCACACCUCCUCGCAGGACGACGUGCUGGUGUGCCUGCAGCGGGGAGAGCUGUGCCCCAAUCAGGACCGCGUGGGCGAGGUGGUGGGGGCGCUCUGUGACCACUUCUCACGGGAGAGACACGCCCCUCUGCAGGUGAAGGUGUGUUGCUCCGCCCUCCAGCUGCACAUGAGGGGAAAAUCCAAGAGUGUUACCGUGGAGAAGAGGCCCGGCCAGACCAACGCCGACUUCCGCAAGACCCGAGACGGCUUCGUCCUAUUGGUUCCCUCUCACUGACCCCUCCCUGCAUACCCACUGCCCCAAUACCCCUGCUCUUAUACCCACUGCCCCAAUAUCCCUGCUCUUAUACCCACUGCCCCAAUACCCCUACUAUUAUACCCACUGCCCCAAUACCCCUACUAUUAUACCCACUACCACAAAUACCCCUCCUCUUUCACCCACUAACCCCCAAUACCCCUGCUCUUAUACCCACUGCCCCAAAUACCCCUGCUCUUAUACCCACUGCCCCAAUACCCCUACUAUUAUACCCACUGCCCCAAAUACCCCUACUAUUAUACCCACUGCCACAAAUACCCCUCCUCUUUCAUCCACUAACCCCCAAUACCCCUGCUCUUAUAUCCACUGCCCCAAAUACCCCUGCUCUUAUACCCACUGCCCCAAUAUCCCUACUAUUAUACCCGCUGCCCCAAUACUCCUGUUCUGCCCUCUAGGCUCAGUACAGUUACCCCCAAACUAUGGGGGGUGGGGCAGCUUCAGUGCUGGUCUCAUUGGCAUUUGCCUGUGUCAGAGUCUUCCAUCCAUCUACUCAAAGUGUAUUAUUCUGAUAGAAAUGCAGCUCUUUAGCACCACAGAUGGUCAGGGGAGGAACUGCAGCAUCAGGGAAGAUUGUGGUCCCACUCCUGAAAAGCUGCAGUGGAGAGGGGAGCAGGAGGAACUGAGGGUGCGUCUCUGUUCCCUUUGUCUGUUUAAUGCACAUACGUUGCUUUCUUAUAGUGCUGGAAAAAGGCCGCUAUUGUUUAUCUAUUUACAUUUGUAAAUCUCAGGAAUUUUCUUUGUUGCUUUCUUCCUAUUUGUAUCUAUGUACAUACUCUGAGUAUAGUAUACUCUAAGUACAAUGUUUGCACUUACUCAAGUAAAACUAAAAUGUUUACACAUUGAGAACAGAAUUUAAUAUUUCCCAACAACAUUUAUUCCUGGAAACAUAUUCUGUCGCAGUUUCACCAAAUAAAAAUUAAUUAUGUGCCUGAA